AAUAACCUAAUCGGCAUCCUCAACUUCCUCACCUUCCUCCUCUCGAUCCCGAUCCUCGGCGCCGGAAUAUGGCUCAGCACGCGCGCGAGCACCGACUGUGAGAAGUUUCUUGAACGGCCGGUGAUUGCUCUAGGGGUUUUUCUCAUGAUCGUCUCCAUCGCAGGCCUCGUCGGCGCUUGCUGCGGUGUUUCAUGGCUUCUAUGGCUUUAUCUUCUCGUCAUGUUUAUCCUCAUCUUGCUCGUCUUCUGCUUCACCAUUUUUGCCUUUGUGGUGACCAACAAGGGCGCCGGCGAGGUGGUUUCUGGCCGCGGGUAUAAGGAGUAUCGUCUUGGAGAUUACUCCAACUGGUUACAGAAACGGGUGUUGGAUGAGGGAAAUUGGUCUAAGAUUCGGAGUUGUAUUCGUGAUAGCAAAGUCUGCAAUAGUUUAAGCGAGAAGAACCAAACUUUUGAUCAAUUUGUCAACGAUAAUCUUACUCCUCUUCAGGUAUGCAAUUCUUCAUAUUGUUCUUAUCUUCUUUUACUGACCAAUUUCAAGUUCUUGGUUUAA